UACGUCAUUUGCGCAGUCACUGGCUGCGACCACGUGCGUCAGCGUGUUGCCGGAACAAAGCCAGUCAGUUAGUUGAUGAACCUGAUAAAUGUUGAAUAGGGCAAUGGAGGCUGCUGAGGAAGCAGAGCUGUGGCCCACCGAUGGCUUAACCAGAACGAACUUGCAACUGCCCCCUGAAGCUGAUGCACUUCUGCAAGGCAAAAGUCCAGCUGCCCGCUUCCUUCAAGCGGAGUUGGGCCUAAAUAGGCGGCUGCAGGAAAUGACGUUUUGUGACCCAGUGAAGUACAUUUAUAACCCGUUGGUAUACGCCUGGGACCUCCACCUGUGCUACGUUAACAAGUAUUGCCAGGCGCACAAGACUGUGCUUUUCCUGGGGAUGAAUCCUGGACCUUUUGGAAUGGCACAAACCGGGGUGCCCUUUGGAGAGGUGCAGUUUGUGCGAGACUGGCUGCAAAUCACCGGAGAGGUGACUCGUCCUGAAGUGGAACACCCAAAGCGACCGAUCCAAGGGCUAAAUUGUCAAAGAAGUGAGGUGAGCGGUGCAAGAUUUUGGGGAUUUUUCCAGAAACUGUGUGUCACACCAGCAGUGUUUUUUCGCAACUGCUUUGUGCACAAUCUUUGCCCUCUUGUCUUCAUGAACGAAUCGGGCAAGAACCUGACUCCCUCUGACCUGCCGGCAGCACAGCGAGAGAAGCUCCUGCAGAUGUGUGACGAAGCUCUCUGCCAGGUGGUGCAAGCACUGGGGGUCUCCACCGUCAUAGGUAUCGGCAAGUUGGCCGAAACGCGGGCCCGCAAGGCUCUGUGCACCGCCGGGAUGGAGACUCGUGUGGUUGGAAUCAUGCAUCCAUCUCCUCGAAAUCCACAAGCGAAUAAGGGCUGGGAGGAAAUUACUAGGAACAGACUUGAGGAGCUCGAAAUCUUGCCUUUGUUAACCUAGAGACAUGAAUUGACUUCAUUGUUUUGUUUUUUUUCAAAUGUGUUUAAGCAGAUGGACUGAAAUGGAACAGAGAACAAUCCUGACUAAACAAUGAAGAUGUUCGGAAAAAUGUCUCUAAAUUAUCUUCCUCUAUGAACUGCUUGAGGUCGAUAAAACAGAUAAGCUAUUUAGUCCAAUUUUCCUCAGUACAGCGUCUAGCUGGUCAGGUUAGUACACGUGUCUUCAAAUGCUUGCCCCUUCACACUGCUGCUACCCAUGCAAAUUUUUUACUGUCUUUUUUCUCACACGUGUUCAGUAACAUCCAAUUGGGACUCUUUGUGCAAUUUUACUGAUAUAUGAUGAGGAACAUUGAAGCUGUAAGCAUAUAACAUUACUGGGCAUUUGAAAGGUACCUUGAGGUUAUGAAUGGCAUCUAGUAAGGGGCAACACAAAACAGAAAAGGUCUCCAUUAGUCAGAUCUUGUAUAAUAAAGUCUAAGUUUACCAAGGCCUCUUUUCCAUAUACUGGGUGAGCCAAAAUGAAGUAUUAGAUUUUUCAAGGCUAUUGUGUGAGGUAGAGGCAGCCAAGUGGACUAGGGGCCCUUUGAUAGACGAUCCCUUGUAGUUUUCAGUCAGCCACAUGCCUUGGUCCGGUGCACACCGUUGCUUUCUUUGUCAAAGUGUUCUUCAGAAACAACGAAUCCAUCAUCACUACGCAACGCGCCAUCUGAACGCACUUCAGCAUUCUGUCCCAAAUUGGAAAACAAU